UCCCUCUGCAGUCUGGGGUUCAGGCUCCUCAGUGGGGGUUUGGGGGGUCUCGUUGGGCCCUUUGUGUCCUCGUGGCCGCCCCAGUUUUCCUCGGUGCAGUAACUAUUCCGUCCAGCAGGCGGCGGCAGCGCGUAUUGACUCAAGCCGCCAUUAUCCCGUAGUAGAAGGAGGAAGAACAGAGGGGAAGCAUCCAGGAAUUCUGCCACAGUUCUCCUGAAAAACCUCCUCUGCGCCAUGGAAAUGUCGGGAGCGGACAGCGACUGGAGGAGCCCACAGUUCCGACAGAAAGUCGUGGCUCAGAUCGAAGAGGCCAUAAGGAAGGCAGGAACCUCGAACACCACGCACAAGUCGGGCACGGACAUGGAGAACCACGUCUACGUCAAAGCCAAAUCCAGGGAGGAGUAUUUAUCUCUGGUGGCCCGGCUGAUCAUUCACUUCAGAGACAUCCAUAAGAAGGCUCAUGGAGGUUCAGAUCCCAUGAAUGCCCUGAAUACCCUGACAGGGGUUGGAGGGGGUCCUGGCGCCAUUGGCAUGGGGCCUCGCCCUGCCGGUGCUCCAGUGGGUGGCAUGGGGGCCAUGGGGCCGAUGCAGAUAGGCCAGCAUGCCAUGGCAGGGGUGGCUGGAAACCCACAAGCCAUCGGCGGACCGGGAUCUAUGCAGCAGUUGGUGCAGCAGCAGCAGCAGCAGCAGCAGAACGCCAUGCAGUUCCAGCAGUUCCAACAACAGCAGCAGAACGCCAUGCAGCAGCAGCAGAACGCCAUCCAAUGA